GAGUCUACUAGUCUAGUGUCAGUGUCUGUUAUUUAAUUUGUUUUGUUUUUAACGUGAAUAUAACGAUAUAACAUAAGCCGAUUUGUUAUUUUUAGUUUAAAAACAACCUUUUUAGUAAACUGUCUAGGUUUACUGAGAUCGGAUAUGUAUAAUUGAAUUUUCAUGUUUAAAAUGUCGUUUUAAGUUAGGAUGUUGGAAUUGUGAAAUUCGUGAACUUACAAUAGAUUAUCCAGACGAGACGUAAGAAAGAAGAGCCUCAGUGUACUGCAAGAAAACAAAUUAAGAUAAUCUCGGACAAUGCUUUGAAAACAACUGAUAAAAAGGAGAAAUGAUGCCUACACUGCGAACAACUGAUGAAAAACUUACAAUAGACUAUCCAGACGUAAAGAAGAAGAGCUCAGUGUACUGCAAGACAACAAAUUGAGAUAAUCUCGGAUAUCAUAUUUGAAAACAACUCUUAAAAAGGAGAAAUGUUGCUAUUACACUGUGAACAACUGACGAAAGUAUGUGAUUUACUCUUUAUCUAGACUUUAAAGUAAAUAUCAAUUAUAUCUAAAGGCGUGAACACAAUGAAAAUCUGAUAUUUUGUUUAUGAAUUAUACAUGGUAUGAUGGAACGUAAAAGGCAAGAGAAACCAAAUUAUAAAACCCCAAGUAUGUUGCAAAAUAUGUAAUUCAUAUACAAGAUCUGAGCAAGACUUGAUUUGAAGUUUUAUGAGGUUGAAAUCCACUUGACUGUGAAAUAUAACUAUUCCUACAAACAAAGGAUAUAUUUAAAUAGACAACAAGGGCCAACUGAUUAGUUGCUUGUUUAUCUAAUAAGUUUUACAAAGACGGAAAUUCCAAAUGUUAAAUCACACUAAAGAGCUUCCUUUUAAGUGUCCAAUAUGUGGAAAAAACUGUUCAAGGAAGGCAACAAUGAAGAAUCACAUAUUGUUGCACACGGGUGAGCGUCCCUUUAAAUGUUUAUUAUGUGAGAAAACCUUUGUCACUCAAGGUAAUGUAAAGAUUCAUUUGUUAGAACAUUCUAGGAAGUAUUCUUUUUACAAUUGCACCAUCUGUGGAAAAUCCUUAUCAAAUAAAUACACCCUAAGGACACAUGCAUUGAUUCAUACAGGAGAAAGACCAUAUAAGUGCAACAAGUGUGGCAAAUCCUUUGCACAAAAAGGGACUUUAAAACUACAUGCAUUGAAACAUACAGGAGAGAGCACAAAUAAGUGCACAACUUGUGGAAAAUUCUUUGCACACAAAGGGACUUUGAAAAAACAUGCAUUGAUACAUAAAGGAGGGAAGCCAUAUAAGUGCACCACAUGUGGAAAGUCCUUUGCACACAAAGGACAUUUGAAACAACAUGCAUUGAUACAUACAGGAGAGAAGCCAUAUAAGUGCACCACAUGUGGAAAAUUCUUUGCACAAAAAGGAUAUUUGAAACAACAUGCAUUGAUACAUACAGGAGAGAAGCCAUAUAAGUGCACCACAUGUGGAAAGUCCUUUGCACACAAAGGACAUUUGAAACAACAUGCUUUGAUACAUACAGGAGAGAAGCCAUAUAAGUGCACCACAUGUGGAAAAUUUUUUGCACACAAAGGGACUAUGAAAAAACAUGCAUUGAUUCAUACAGGAGAGAGACCAUAUAAGUGCACCACAUGUGGGAAAUUCUUUGCACAAAAAGGAUAUUUGAAAAAACAUGCAUUGAUUCAUACAGGAGAGAGACCAUAUUAUAAGUGCACCGCAUGUGGAAAAUUCUUUAAACAAAAAGGAAAUUUAAAAGAACAUUCAUUGGUUCAUACAGGAGAGAGGAAAUAUAGGUGCACCACAUGCGGAAAAUUCUUUGCAAACAAAGGGACUUUGAAAAAACAUGCAUUGAUACAUACAGGAGAGAGACCAUAUAAGUGCACCACAUGUGGAAAAUCCUUUAAACAAAAAGGACAUUUGAAAAAACAUGCAUUGAUUCAUACAGGAGGGAGACCAUAUAAGUGCACCACAUAUGGAAAAUCCUUUAAACAAAAAAAAAAGAAAAUUUAAAAGUACAUGCAUUGGUUCGUACAGGAGAGAGGCAAUAUAAGUGCACCACAUGUGGAAAAUUCUUUGCACAAAAAGGAUAUUUGAAAAAACAUGCAUUGAUUCAUACAGGAGAGAGACCAUAUUAUAA